GCUUUAAGUUCCAGUUCAGGCCGCGGGGGACUACUUUGUGGUUGGGGCCCCGUCCCGACGGUGACGCAGGCGCAGCGCGAGCGGCGCGCGCCGACCGCCCAUCCCCGGCUGUCCCACUUUUCUUCUCGUCUCCUCGGCCUCCUCGCUGAGAGCCUCGCGUCUCCCUCUCACCGUCCGCGCCGCCCUCGUCGCGCGCCCGAGGCGAGAGGCGGGCCCAGGUCUCCCGGAAAACUAGCCCUCGGGAGCGCGAGACUAACGGCCGCGAAGCUCCCAGGCCCCCUCACACCGCACCAUGGGGGACAGUGACGACGAGUACGACCGAAGGCGCAGGGACAAGUUUAGAAGAGAGCGCAGCGACUAUGACCGUUCUCGCGAAAGAGAUGAAAGACGUCGAGGAGACGAUUGGAAUGACCGGGAGUGGGACCGUGGCCGGGAGCGCCGCAGUCGGGGUGAAUAUCGGGACUAUGACCGGAAUCGGCGAGAGCGCUUCUCUCCUCCCCGCCAUGAACUCAGCCCCCCACAAAAGCGCAUGAGGCGAGACUGGGAUGAGCACAGUUCUGACCCAUACCACAGUGGCUAUGAGAUGCCCUAUGCUGGGGGGGGUGGGGGCCCAACUUAUGGCCCCCCUCAGCCCUGGGGCCACCCAGACGUCCACAUCAUGCAGCACCAUGUUCUACCUAUCCAGGCCAGGCUGGGCAGCAUCGCAGAGAUUGACUUGGGUGUGCCACCACCGGUGAUGAAGACUUUCAAGGAGUUUCUCCUGUCAUUGGAUGACUCUGUGGACGAGACUGAGGCUGUAAAGCGUUACAAUGACUAUAAGCUGGAUUUUCGAAGGCAGCAGAUGCAAGAUUUCUUUUUGGCUCAUAAAGAUGAGGAGUGGUUUCGGUCUAAGUACCACCCAGAUGAGGUGGGGAAGCGUCGGCAGGAGGCCCGGGGGGCCCUGCAAAACAGACUGAGGGUAUUCCUGUCCCUCAUGGAGAGUGGCUGGUUUGAUAAUCUUCUCCUGGACAUAGACAAAGCUGAUGCCAUCGUCAAGAUGCUGGAUGCGGCUGUGAUUAAGAUGGAAGGAGGGACGGAGAACGAUCUGCGCAUCCUGGAGCAGGAGGAGGAGGAGGAGCAGGCGGGAAAGCCUGGGGAGCCCAGCAAGAAAGAGGAAGGCCGGGCUGGACCAGGCCUGGGGGAUGGAGAGCGCAAGGCCAAUGAUAAGGACGACAAGAAAGAAGAUGGCAAACAGGCUGAAAAUGACAUUUCUAAUGAUGACAAAACUAAGAAAUCUGAGGGUGAUGGGGACAAGGAAGAGAAGAAAGACGACUCUGAGAAAGAUGCCAAAAAGAGUAGCAAGAAGCGGAACAGGAAGCACAGCGGUGACGACAGCUUUGACGAAGGCAGCGUGUCCGAGUCGGAGUCCGAGUCCGAGAGUGGCCAAGCUGAGGAAGAGAAGGAAGAGGCUGAAGAAGCACUCAAGGAAAAGGAGAAGCCCAAAGAGGAAGAAAGGGAGAAGCCUAAGGACACUCCGGGGCUGGAAUGUAAACCCCGUCCCCUCCAUAAGACUUGCUCCCUGUUCAUGCGCAACAUCGCACCCAACAUCUCGAGGGCAGAGAUCAUUUCUCUUUGUAAAAGAUACCCCGGCUUCAUGCGUGUGGCACUGUCAGAACCCCAGCCUGAGAGGAGGUUUUUCCGCCGUGGCUGGGUGACCUUUGACCGCAGUGUUAACAUCAAAGAGAUCUGUUGGAACCUGCAGAAUAUCCGACUCCGAGAAUGUGAGCUGAGCCCUGGUGUGAACAGAGACCUGACCCGUCGAGUCCGCAACAUCAAUGGCAUUACCCAGCACAAGCAGAUCGUGCGCAACGACAUCAAGUUGGCAGCCAAACUGAUCCAUACGCUGGAUGACAGGACCCAGCUCUGGGCCUCUGAGCCUGGGACACCUCCUCUGCCAACAAGUCUGCCCUCCCAGAACCCAAUCUUGAAGAAUAUCACGGACUAUCUGAUUGAGGAAGUGAGUGCGGAGGAGGAGGAGCUGCUCGGGAGCAGUGGGGGGGCCCCCCCUGAGGAGCCCCCUAAGGAGGGGAACCCGGCAGAGAUCAACGUGGAGCGGGAUGAGAAACUGAUCAAGGUUUUGGACAAACUCCUCCUCUAUUUGCGCAUCGUGCAUUCCCUGGAUUAUUAUAACACGUGCGAGUACCCCAAUGAGGAUGAAAUGCCCAACCGCUGUGGCAUCAUCCACGUUCGUGGGCCCAUGCCACCCAACCGCAUUAGUCAUGGAGAAGUGCUAGAGUGGCAGAAGACAUUCGAGGAGAAGCUGGCUCCACUGCUGAGUGUACGGGAAUCUCUUUCAGAGGAAGAGGCUCAGAAGAUGGGUCGCAAAGACCCCGAGCAGGAAGUGGAAAAGUUUGUCACCUCUAACACUCAGGAACUGGGCAAGGAUAAGUGGCUCUGCCCUCUCAGUGGCAAGAAAUUCAAGGGCCCUGAGUUUGUACGCAAACAUAUCUUCAACAAGCAUGCAGAGAAAAUUGAGGAAGUGAAGAAGGAGGUGGCGUUUUUUAACAACUUUCUCACUGAUGCCAAGCGCCCAGCUCUGCCCGAGAUCAAGCCAGCCCAGCCACCUGGCCCUGCCCAGAUACUCCCCCCAGGCCUGACCCCGGGACUCCCCUACCCACACCAGACUCCACAGGGCCUGAUGCCCUAUGGUCAGCCCCGGCCCCCCAUCUUGGGCUAUGGAGCUGGUGCCGUCCGCCCUGCAGUCCCCACGGGAGGGCCUCCAUACCCUCAUGCCCCCUAUGGUGCUGGUCGAGGGAACUAUGAUGCCUUUCGAGGCCAAGGAGGUUAUCCUGGGAAGCCUCGAAACAGGAUGGUCCGAGGAGACCCACGGGCUAUUGUGGAGUACCGUGACCUGGAUGCUCCAGAUGAUGUGGAUUUCUUUUGAGCUUUUCCUCAUUCCUGGUAUCGUCUAUACUUGUGACUGCCUCCUCCCAUCCAGUUGAGAAUUUUUUGUACGUUCAACCCUACUGCCAAUAAAAGCACUUCCAUAGUGA